AUGUCCUGCAUAAAGUUGUUUUGUCUCUGGAUUUCAGCUCAAUACGAUCCGUACAGCGAUUUUUCGUAUGUAGCGUUGAACAAGCGACGACGUGGAGAUAUUGAACGACGAAAUAGUGAAAAAAUAGAAAAUCGAUAUGCACAACCGGCUGUCAAGAAGGUUUACAUAAAAGCGAACGGCGAUCCGAGAAGUAAAAAGCCCAAACUGUUCAUUUGGCGAAAAUGGCAGUCGCCAACUCUGGCUGGUCUGCGAGCGGAUAUGGCGCCAUAUGUUGGACUCGAAAUGGCAUCGGCAAUUUAUGACAUGUUUGUGAUAGAAUUAUAA